CUCAAGCCCAUUCAAGCUUCCGACAUUUUUGCCGUGCCACAACCGGCAUAUUCCAAGCGCGGUUUUCGGAGGCCAUGGCGGACUACGACGACCGGGUUGGGCUCAUCGAGGACGAGCUGCCGGAGCAGCUCCCCGAGAACCUCCGCUCCGUCCGCGAGGGCCAUUUGACCCAUCGAGGUGCCACCGCCCUCUUUCGCACCCUGCGCACCUUGGGCCCUGCCGCCACCGCGCUGCUGCUCGGUCUCGUGCUGCUCGCCGCCGUCACCCUGGCGGCCUUUGGCGGGACAGCGCGCUGGAGCGCGAGCGCUCCGGUGCUUUUGACCGACGUGCUGGAUCCGGGCCCUCUCCAGUACUGGCACUGCUCGAAAGAGGAGAUGAAUGUGCCCAUGCAAAUCCUGGACCGCUCCAAGGCCAAGCGCGGCCCCUGGGACUUCGACUUCUUGGAGGUUGAAACAGGAAACUAUAAGCGUAUCGUCAGCUUGCCCUCGAUGGAACAUGAUGGAUUCCAUGGGGAGAAGCUGAACGCUUGUGCCAUGAACAACCUAGAUGAGUACAUCUACUGUGUCCUUCAGGUGCGCAAAGACAAGAAGUAUGAAUUAUACAUUGUGCGGGUUGGCAUCGUUGACUACGACACCAAAUUGGCCGGCAUCCACUUCGUCGCGCGCGUGCGACCGGGGAGCAUCUACUCCGCUGCGUUCGACAUGGAGGGGACCUUCUACUUUGGGCCCAAGAAGCUGCACGUGAUCAAAGAUCUUCACUUGGCCGAGGGCAAAUCCUUCCUCCUGCGCAGUGAAGCCAUGAACCUGAUGAAUGCACCUAGCUACAAGGUUCACAAAGACUGCCAGGGCGCCGAUUAUGCCUUUUGGGAGAAGGAGGUGGAUGGGAAGAAGUUGAAGAUUCUUUGGAUGCUCCGAGAUUUCAAGGUCACAGCCCUCGAUGUGACGACGCCGGGACAGGCGACCUGCAAGGUCUGGAAAAGCGACGGGAUUCCCAGCAACACCAGAGGACACUAUGGCGCCGGGUGGACGUUCAAGAAGCCCGAUGGCUCUGUGGCGGUCUACUUCUCCAACAACGCAGGUAGAGGACUUUUUUCCGGGCGAACCACGAACACGGCGGUUCCGACACGAUUCACAUGUACAAAGUGGGCGAGUCAGAGGCAACCAGUAAGAACGAUGGUGCGAAUUGUAUGAGCAUGUCUUCAGUCUCGCCCUUUAAAGCAGAGCCACCGAAGUUCCUGGCGCCCAUCGAAGAAAAGCCAGCUGUGGAAGAGAAGACAGAACCAGAGCCAACUAAGGAAAAGACGCCUCCGCCAUCCAAGGAAAAGACGCCUGGGCAAGAUGUGCCGCAGAAGGCUGCAGAGAUUCCGACGCUCAGUGUGAAGGACAAGGACGAUUCGGUCGUGGAAGUCUCGUAUGAGUGGGUCCUGAUGGGCCCGAAGACGGUGUGUCGCCAGACUCCCCAAGAUCCGAUCAUUUGGCCGGCGAACCAUGUUGACCGGGUGUUGACCAUCGCACACGUGUGCCACGAUCCACCGCCCUGUCAACUGCUGCCUUUGAGCACGCCGCUCACCCGCGAAGACUGUCAGAAGAGAUGCAUGGAGUUUGAGAACUGCCGUGGAGUGGAGUACCGCCAUUCCGAGGAUCGUUGCGAGAUCCUGGCGCGGCCGACCGAGUGGUUCAUCGACAACACCAAGCACCGAACGGUGGGAGGACCCUUGGAUUUCGAGUGUUGGCUCUACAAGCCAACUUGCGAUGUGCUGAUCCAGCUGCGUGAUCACGGCGCUCAGUCACCGACGUUUGACUGGGCCUGGCGCGUUUGCUUCGGGGAAGAUGACGCGGCAUAGCGCGGCUGGGGAUCGGAUUGAGGCCAAGGGAUGCCAAGG